AUGGCGCUCGACACCUUCUUCCACAACAAGAUCGAGUCGAUGAAGCUCGAGAUCAUCCAAGGGCAGGCUAAGCUGCGUCGUCUGGAAGCUCAGCGAAACGACUACAACUCCAGAGUGCGGUUACUGCGGGAAGAGCUGGGCCUGCUCCAGCAGCCCGGGUCCUACGUCGGCGAGGUUGUCAAGGUCAUGGGCACGAAGAAGGUGCUUGUCAAGGUACAUCCCGAGGGCAAAUAUGUGGUUGACAUCGCCGACAACGUCGACAUCAGCAAACUCACAGCGGGCAAGCGCGUCACCCUCCUCAGCGACUCUUACAAGCUCGAAAAGCUCCUGCCGUCCUCGGUCGAUCCCCUCGUUUCGCUCAUGAUGGUCGAGAAGGUGCCAGACAGCACGUACGAUAUGAUUGGUGGCCUCGACCAGCAGAUCAAGGAGAUCAAGGAAGUCAUCGAGUUGGGUCUGCAGCAUCCCGAGCUGUUCGAGUCGCUGGGUAUCGCGCAGCCAAAGGGCGUCCUGCUGUACGGUCCUCCGGGUACGGGAAAGACACUGCUUGCGCGUGCGGUAGCGCAUCACGCUGACUGCAAGUUCAUCCGAGUCUCAGGAAGCGAGUUGGUGCAAAAGUACAUUGGUGAGGGUAGUCGAAUGGUCCGAGAACUCUUCAUCAUGGCCCGAGAGCACGCACCCAGCAUCAUCUUCAUGGACGAGAUCGACAGCAUUGGUUCAAGCCGUGUAGAAGGAAGCUCAGGCGGUGACUCUGAGGUGCAGCGCACCAUGUUGGAGUUGCUCAACCAGCUUGACGGUUUCGAGCCAACCAAGAACAUCAAGAUCAUCAUGGCAACCAACCGUCUGGACAUUCUCGACCCUGCCCUGCUGCGACCCGGACGUAUCGAUCGUAAGAUCGAAUUCCCCCCGCCAACUGUCGAGGCGCGUGCCGACAUUCUGCGUAUCCACUCGAGGAGCAUGAACCUGACCCGUGGUAUCAACCUCACCAAGAUUGCAGAGAAAAUGAACGGAUGCUCAGGUGCUGAGCUGAAGGGUGUCUGCACAGAGGCCGGUAUGUACGCACUCAGGGAGAGAAGAGUACACGUCACACAGGAGGACUUUGACCUGGCAACAGCCAAGGUCUUGAACAAGCACGACGACAAGGCUGUCAGUCUGGGCAAGCUGUGGAAGUAG